AUGGCCGACGGCGACGGUAUCCGCCCACCGGUCAUCGCGUCUUCGAGUCGCUUCAACGACAUCUUGCCUUACUGCAAGAUUCUAUUUGAGGAGGAGCCGAAGAGAUGGGGUGGCAUCAUGCCCCAUCAAUUUCCCCAGAACGCCAGCAAGGAGGCGGAAGAGGAGUUUCUCCUGACCCAAUUCCCGGCGAGCGAAUGUCAAGUGCAAGGCUUCAGAUUUCUCAAGCAGGUCUGGUACUCCAUCGCCAUUAACAAUCGGGAAACUCGCCUUCCGCAUGUGGUCAACGAGUGGUUCGAGCAUAAGAGCAAAGAGUAUGUCGGCAAUCCUGACCUCGAAGGUUGGCUUUUACGUGAAGAAGCUUGCGCGACUACAUUCUUUGAACAGAAGGAGAUCGACGUGUUCGGCUCCGAGUUUCUUGAUUGGGCUGUACAAGGUAUUCAGUGGAGACUGCGCAACCCGCAGGCCUUCGUGGCGACAGGAACAAACACCCCAGAGCCAGCACUGGUCUCCGAAACCUCGACUCCUUCGAAGCAGAGUUCACUGGUGGAAGUCGCCAGUGCUGGACCUGUUUCAUCUUUGACACAGCCAACAAAUGCGCCAGCACAGCCGAGCGAGGUACCAGCAGCUCAGGAGAAGCAGACGGCUACGGUACCAGCAGUGCCUUCCACCGGACUGAGUGCUACUGCUGCUGCAUUCAGCUCGACUAACACACCAGCACAAGCCAGCGCCGCCGGUUUCAAGCCGUCUGGCGAUGCCCGGGAACAUGUUGCGAACGCGAAGGACUUCCAGUCGCAAACACAACGUGGCUCGAAGCGUGCACCUAAUGGCAAGCGCCGCGGCCAGGGUGAACGCAACAUGUACCAACCAGCAUCGUCGUUCUACGAUCCGAGAGCACCUCAGCACGCGCAGCAACCACUGCCGUCUCGCCCUAUGCCUGCCCCUUCUGCUCAAGUUGGUCCAAUGCCGCCUGGACCACCGACGUAUAUCAUGCCAUCUAACGACAUGCGUCAUCCUUUCGGUCCAGGUCACCCUGCCCCAGCUCCUCACAUGAUGGGACCGCACCCACCGCCCGGCUUUGAGCAUCAUGCUCAACAGCCUGUGCAUAUGGGUGGCCACGGCAUGUUCAUGCAAGGCCCGCCACCACCUCAGGGCUUUGGAUACCCGCCACUUAGCGAGCGCAAUAUGAAUCAUGGCGACGCCAGAGCAUUUCCACCGCAGCCAACUUAUGGUGGUUUUGAUCAGAGACCAGACCAGGGACGCGGCAAAGGCCGUGACAGCACUGCCUCAUCGGGCGGCAGAGGCGCAACGUAUGGGAGCGUUCGCGGCCGUAGCCGGGGCCGGGGCCGCAACAGUAUCAGCAGAUCGAGUGCAGAUGGCGAUUACUCUUCUGGCUCUCGCUACCCGUCGCACGGCUUCCACGACGCGUCUUCCGCCAACAACUACCAGCGGGCUGUCGAUGGCUCAGGAUCUUGGCGAUCGCAUCACCAAGAUGAGAACGCCACUCCAGAGCAGCGCUCUCUGGAGCAGUUUUCUCAUGGACCUCCGCGAAUCCUGACUCGGCGAUCUUCUCAGGCCGAAGCCACAGGCGGACCAUCGCAAUAUGCAGCACCUGUGACUACCGGCAUCGCCGCCUUCCAUGGUCAAGAUGGACCUACAGCUACGGUGGGCAAAGUGACUGACUCCGACAUGAACGAGUAUCACUGCACCAAAACAGCCAUCGGGGACAAGUGUAUCUACGCGCAUAAGCUCAUCGCGUUCAUGAUCCCACCUAACGUGACCGAUGAUCAACUCCGCAAGUGUUUCACGAACUUCGGUCCAGUAGAGAGAAUUUCUCCACCUCUCAAGUCGCACAACCAAGCAAACACCGAGAGCGCCCAUAGGUACAUUACCUUCGAGACGCAUCAUGGCGCACGCAAAUGCGUGAAGCAGAGACACAUAGAAAUCAUGCCCGGGGUAUUCAGAGAUGUUGAAGUCGCUAAAGAGCAUUGGGACCCAGAGCACCAACGCUACCAGCUUCGAACUCACAUGGGCGUCCCAGUCAAGGAGAUAGCUCCUGCUCCGCCCUCAAUGCACUACGUGCAGAAAUCGGCGUUCAAUGCACCUUCAUCUCUACCUGCGGACCUUCCACAGCUUGACCGCUCAGGCGUGGGGCCAUCGACUGUUUCGAAGGAAGAAAUGUCUGCAGAGGCCACUCCAGCCGCCUCCGGCGCCGACACUCCGAAGGGAAAGAAGAAGACUGGGAAGCGCAAUAAGAAGAAAGCUUCCGAACUUCGUGGAGAAGCGGCUGGCCAGGCUUUUGAGGAGAACGCUCAAAAGGGUCGUGCAGGACUGAGCCCAAUACCAGACGACACCAGCUCCAACGCCGAGACUGUUGUCACCGUCCUAGAGACCAAGCACACGACGCCUGCGAAGCGCAAGGACUCACUGCGGCCCGUGGCUGCCGGCAAUACACAGGACACAUCAAAUGCGCCAGCUGACAAGGAGUCCAGCGUGGACAUGGGCACUACUGAGGACCCGAACGAUACAACGGUCUCGAGGGCUAUCCAGGCAACAAAGGUAAAGGAUCCGCUCGUCAAGCCGUUGACAACGGAGGAGACGCCAGAGGGCGCACUUGGCAACCAGGAGGUCUCUGCAAAAAACUCUGAUGCCUCAAGCAAGUCCGAAGAUGAGCAUGUUGACGACAGCUUUCACACGGCUAGCGCCACGCCUGGCGGAGAGCGCAGUUCGGCAGUCGAUGAUGAUUUCAUUGAGCUCAAAGCAGCCGCAGUACCGCCUCCAACUGGUGUCUCGACCGCUGUCGUACAAGACCAUACCGGCGAACCUUCAGCUACCCCUAUUCAGCAAGAACAACCGGCCAAAUCAUCAGAGGAAGAAGAGAAGGUUCAGCUUCCAGACUUAACCAAAUCCAAGUCGAAGGUUUUCGUUGCAGUGCCAAAGCUUGACACUUCAGCUGGACCGGACCUGGAAGCCAAAAGCAACGGGGAGCAGCAAUCCGCAAUGACUCAAGGCGGAGGCUCGGGCAUUUCUGAAGCGCCAGCUGCGCCUUUUGUCACUGCGCCAAGUACACCAGCUUCGCCCAUCCUUGACAGUGAUGGUCAGCCACACGUGCAGUCGAAGAAGGAAGGCAAGGCAAAAGAGGAGGCUAAAGUGAAGGGUCCCGCUCAGACGGAAUCAUUCAGUCUUUUCGGCAAGCAGAAGAAGGCUAAGAAGCAGAAAGCACCCAAGGGCGGCAAUUCUCGCACGAGCUCGAGAGUCAUCUCAGCGGAUUUACCGAAGCCAGAUGAGGUACCGAUGCGUAAGGCCACGAGCACUGCCAAGCCUGAGCCGAUUGUGGAGCAGGCUGAGGCUGCUGAGGACAGAGGUGAAACUUGUGCAAGUGCGAAUGAGGAGAGCGAGGCGGCACGACCCACGGCUUCCACGUUCACCUCUUCCUCGUUCACUUCAGGCCCCACACAAGCUGCACCACUUGCUCGACCUGAAGAGCUUUCUGUCGAGCCUUUGACAAAGAUCAAGACAGACACUCGAUUUGACGCACUCGGAACUACUACUGCUGCGACGACAAUGACACCAGAGAAUACCAACACUCCGAUGGCGACUGUGACUCGGGAGAAGGUCGACGCUUCAGCGAGUGUCGCUGCUCCAGAGAAGGCAAUCAAUUCGGAGACGGCUGGCAAGGACCCUGAGCCAGCCCCUGCGUCGAGCGCCCCUUCGCCAGGCAAAGCUCCUGGUAUCUUCCGUCGCAUCACUGGCAUUUUCGCAAGCAACUCAGAUGCUGCUUCAUCGGCUGGUCCUGGCGUUGCGCGAGGCUUGGGAAUUAGUUCUGAGCCUGCCGUCGAGGCGUCCUCUUCCAAGGUCGACGACGCUGUGCCCGACCAGAUCGAAGGCGGAGAGACCACUACUGUAGAUGGCCCUUCCGACGCUGCUACUUCAAAGCCUGCUAAGAAGAGCAAGAAGAAGAAGUCGAAGAAGAAGCCUGCAGCAGUCACUGACAUAUCCAACGCUGCCACUACAGAUGGUAGUGCCACUCAGACGAAUGCCGCCCAGCCGACUGCUACCAAGCCAAACGCCAACGAGCCGAGAGUGAAGGUGCUUGAGAUGAGCCACCUCUGUCCGGCCGACGAAAGCAGCCUCCCUCUCUAUGCAUUCCGUGGCACUCGCCGCAGCGCUGAUAAUGAUGCGUCUACACCGGAAAAAGCAAAGGUAAAGAUGCCUCAGCGUUACAUCUCUGACAACUACCUUGUUCAGGCACCCCCAGUUCGGCGUGUUCAUCCGCGCGUGAAGCAUCGUGCGAAGAGCAGUUCUGACACGUCUGAUAGUCGGGAAGUGAGUACCCAAAGCCAUGGGCAGGCUCAGCCACAGAGUCUCUCUACUCCAAAUGAGGGCGACAACGAGGAGAACAAUGACGCGCGGCCGAAACUUUGGAUCUUCAUGACUGUUCAAGACCCCGUGGAGAGAUCGAGAGCGAAGUUGCAGGAGCUGGAGGAGCGAGAGAAGAUUCUCAAGCGCGUCAAGGCGAUGAAGGAGUUGGAGAUGGGCAGGAUCAUUGGAGAGGCUGAGGAUGAUGAAGAAGAAGUCGAAAAUGGUGGUGAACACAACAGCAAGGAACACGUCGGCGCGGCUACAGAGUAG